AUGUACCAGCUUCGGUCAAAGCUCAUCAAGAGGCUGGAUGGACAAGACCAGGAAGAGCUAGAGCAGCAGCAAUCACGACUCCUCCGCCGAGCUUCCAUCGCCCUGGCUGAAGACGGGCUCGAGCUCCCGGUCGUUCUCGACGCCGCAGCGGUCACAAUGCCCGACCCCGACAAGCCACGACCGACUCACAACAUCAAAUCGAGAGACGGCCGCCGAGGCCGAUUUGCGAAGCGGUAUAUCAACGCAGCGGAAUUCCUCGAACCUGACGAGAACGACGAGUUGGGGUUGUCGGACCGCCACAUCCCUCAGAUCGGCGCGCGACGGCGGGUCGGCAAGAAGCCCGCAAAAGUACCAUUCGGUAUCUGGAUGGCUUACAAGCAGCUGGAUGACUUUGUGUAUCGGCACUCGCUGUCGGUGGAAGAAGUUGCCGCUCUUCCCACCGAUGACGAGGCGUUUGAUUUUCAGGGUGGCGGUGCUGUCGGCCUCCUGGCGCCCCUCGGAAUUGCCUGGCCCCUGUCAUUUAAUGGCAUUAUCAAGAAACGCGCGGCAGACUUCACGCCCCUGCGCUUCGCCAGUGAUGGGACCUUUCAGAUUUCUGUCUUCAACGACCUUCACUAUGGCGAGGGGCAAGGCACGGUCUCCGGCUGGUGGCAGGAUUUCCUCUCCGAUACGGUUAUGAAUCUGGUCUUUUUCUACGAGGACCCACAGCUGGUUGUGCUGAAUGGCGAUCUUCUGACGGGCGAGAAUGCCGAGUCCGUCGAGACCGCGACCGACAAAUUCGAACAGAUCGCGGGCCGCGUUCAGGCCGCCAACCUACCCUGGGCAAGCACAUACGGCAACCAUGAUUCGGACUAUUAUUUGAGCCGAGAUAACUUGUUUGCGAAGGAGAAGACUUAUUCAAACAGUCUGACCCAGAACAUGCUGGCGGACUCGGCUGCGACUGCUGAUGUUGGAGUGACAAACUACUACCUGGAGGUGUUCGGCAGUGACGAGAGUGACAAGACGCCAAAGUUGAUCCUCUGGUUCUUCGAUAGUCGUGGGGGAAACUACUUUCAGCAGCAAGACUCAAAUGGUCUACCUGUAGGGCAACCCAACUGGGUCGAUCCCGCAGUUGCAUCGUGGCUCACCACGACUGCCGCCAACAUCACGAGCACCUACGGUGUCACGAUCCCCUCCCUUGCCUUCGUACACAUUCCUGUCCAGGCUUUCCUCAAGUUCCAAAGUGCUGGCGUCGACGCAAAUCAAGAACCGGGCAUCAACGACGACAACCCGUUGAGCCCGCAGGGUGUCGCAUCCGGCCAAGGCGGCACCAAGACCGUGUACACCUACUCCAACCAGGACGUGGCGUUCAUGCAGGCCCUCCUCGAGCUCGAAGGACUGCAAACGGUGUUCAGCGGUCACGAUCAUGGCAAUGACUGGUGCUUCAAGUGGGAUCCUCAGCUCUCGGGAAUGACGCUGGCGGGCAACGGUCUCAACCUCUGCUUCGGGCGCAAGAGCGGUCACGGCGGGUAUGGCGGUUGGACUCCCGGUGCGCGGCAGGUCAAGGUCGGCCUCGGUAGCGACGGGGCCAUCCAGCCGGUUGAAACUUGGAUGCGCCAGGAGGGCAGCACGGUCAGCGGUAGGGUGACGUUGAACUCGACGUUCGGGACGGACAGCUAUCCAACGGUUGCCAAUACGGACUCGUGGGUAAGGUAA